UGUCCGCCCGGGACCACCACGGGACCGCUGUGCCCCAGCCAUGGAGGGGUCCAGGGCCACUGAGCCGGUCCGAGAUGCUAAGUCCGAAGUCACCAGCCAGCUUAUAGAUUGUCAGUGGAAACGCGGCACGGCUGUGAGCUCGGACCGCUGCAGAUCGCUUACGUAUCCUCGCGUGGCAGUAAUGCUAAAAGUGGUAGUUCGUUCUGGCCAAGUAAAGAACAAGUCCUUUGAAAUGACAAUUGCUCAGUUUCAGAAUUUUUACAGACAGUUCAAGGAAAUUGCUGCUGUUAUGGGAACCGUGUGAAACUCUUUGGUUGAUACAGUCCUAUCAUCAUUUGAAAAUUAGGAGCCCAUCUUUCAGCAAAAGAACUACAGAAGCACCAAAUGAUAUUUGUCAAUGAAAGUAGUAUUUUCCACUUUUUAAAUAAUAAAAA